AUGGUCGUCGUGGACCCUUCCGCUGCUGAGGCGGGCGUUACAAGUUCUGGUCGUGGUGUCGAACUGGGACAUAUCCAGGCCGCAGAAAGUUGCCAAUCGGUGGCUGAAUACUGCCUGACCGAAGCGAAGGCGCCGGAUUCAAGAUCAAAGCAUAACUACGAUACGAUAACUAGCGAAGCUUUGGUUGGCUUAAGAGGUUCCCGCGGGAAUCGUCUUGAGAAAUCCAGAAAUUCCGCACGAUCAUAUAACCAGUGGAAGGCGGAUAUUUUGGAAACAAGUCAGUUUGCGUCGGAUGGCGGCGUGGAAACAAGCAGGCAAACCAAUUACAAAUCCAAGGACGUUCAGUCGGACCGGCCCAAGGCAAUUUCACCGAGCCAGCCAUCGCUGGAAAUGAGCCAGUCAUCUGCCAAAAUGCAUCCCCAAGGUCGCGCCAGUCUGCAAGCCUUCUCCCCAAUGAACUCUAACUCUCUGCUUACAGCAUGGGUGAGUGUAGUUACGCUUCACAAGGUUCCAGAAGAGGCAAAAUUCUCCCCUCCCCCAGCGUGGAAGUAA